GUGAUCAUGCGGGGGAGAGGUCAGAUGCACCGCCUGAUGAACUUUGGUAUGGAACAGAUGGACGCCGAAGUGGGCACCCAAAAGAUUAAGAUCGGCAAGACCAAGUUCUUCACUGUGAAGGGAAACCCAAAACUGUUGGAGUCGAUGCAAGAGGACGAUGACAUAGAAUACAUUGAGCAAGAGACCAUGUUCUACAAGUCUCCCUGCAGCGACACUCAGGAUAUCAGUCACAGCGCCUUGUGGGUGAGUAAAACGCACCUCUCGAAAUUUCUCCCCAAAUCUCGCCCCUCUCAAGGAGGUUUUGUGGCACUUGCGUACUAA